GUAGACUUUGUAGUACGCUUCUGAAACGUCUUCACUGGGAAAUUUGGUUAAUCCGACGAGGAGAGACGGCGAUGGCAAGCGGCGGUAACGGAGCGGGUAACGGAGGAGCCGGUAACGCAGGAGGAAGCGGAAACGUUCCGAUGUAUAAACCAUACCGUCACCUGAAAACCCUAGAAGGUCACACGGCGGCGAUCUCAUGCGUCAAAUUCUCCAACGACGGCAACCUUCUCGCCUCCGCUUCCGUAGACAAAACCAUGAUUCUCUGGUCAGCUACGAAUUACUCUCUCAUCCACCGUUACGAAGGUCACUCUAAUGGUAUCUCCGAUCUAGCUUGGUCUUCAGAUUCGCAUUACACUUGCUCUGCUUCCGACGAUUGUACGCUUCGAAUCUGGGACGCUAGGUCUCCUUAUGAUUGUCUCAAGGUUCUUAGAGGUCAUACGAACUUUGUCUUCUGUGUUAAUUUCAAUCCUCCGUCGAAUUUGAUUGUCUCUGGUUCCUAUGACGAGACGAUUCGGAUUUGGGAGGUUAAAACUGGCAAGUGUGUUAGGAUGAUCGAAGCUCAUUCUAUGCCGAUCACGAGCGUGCAUUUCAAUCGGGAUGGAUCGUUGAUUGUUUCCGGAAGUCAUGAUGGUUCUUGCAAGAUUUGGGAUGCUACUGAAGGAACUUGCUUGAAGACUCUUAUCGAUGAUAAGACUCCUGCUGUUUCUUUCGCCAAGUUCUCGCCUAAUGGGAAGUUUAUACUCGUUGCUACUCUCGAUAGCACUCUCAAGCUGUCGAACUAUGCGACGGGGAAGUUUUUGAAAGUAUACACAGGACAUACGAACAAAGUAUUCUGUAUCACAUCGGCGUUUUCUGUAACGAACGGGAAGUACAUCGUGAGUGGAUCAGAGGACCAUUGCGUGUAUCUGUGGGAUCUUCAGCAGAAAAAUAUACUGCAGAGACUAGAAGGCCACACGGACGCAGUGAUCUCAGUGAGUUGCCAUCCGGGUCAGAACGAGAUAGCUUCAUCGGGUAAUCAUAUGGAUAAAACGAUCAGGAUUUGGAAACAGGAUGCUUGAGAAAUUGCUUAGAACUAUGUGUAUAUAUGUAAGGAAACAAUGGGAUACAAGAAUAGUUUAGAUUGCUUAGAACUGAUUUGUUGUUGCACACUAUUUUGGUGUUUCGCAAUGGGAUGUAAAUCUCUUGCAAGUUGAUGAGUAUUCUUAUUCUAUGGU